AUUCCAAAUCAUGAAUCUGGGGUUUUUUUGGGCGGGGUCAUAAGUCCAGGAUCAGGGUACAGGUCCUGUAUUCGUGGUUAGUGUGGCGAACCACAGAAGAGGUUUGCAUGAGAUCAGCACAUUAUUUGUUUGGGUAAUGGCAGAUUAACUGCAAUGAACAGAAAGGAGCGUAUUAAUGAAAUAAAAAAUUGCCAACUUUUUCACAUUUUAAUUUACCCACAAGUAAUAUGAAAAUGUUUUAUGUGACCCAGUGUAAGAUUGAUUGAAUCAAUGGCAGAUUCUGACAAUUCGAAUAGAUCAAAAAAGCUGAAAAGUUCUAAGAAAAAUUCAAAUUCUAAUAAGAGACCUGUUGUUAAGAAGUCAAAUUCACCAAUAGAUGAAGUGAAAUCAAAACAACAACCACAAGAAUCUCCCAAAAGCCCAUUGUCAAUCUCCUCAGCUACCUCUAUCCCAUGGGAUAGUCCAAUAUUUCAAAAGAGUCGAAGUAGUACACCAGAGAGUGAUGUGGAAGCAAGUAUUGCAUACAUUGGCACAAAGAGUUAUAAUGAUGUUAAGCGAAAACGAAAGUUAAAAAAACGAAAAGAUCGUUCAAGAAGUGAGAUAAAUUUUAUUUCUAAAUUAUUGAAAGAUAACACUCUUGAGGACAUUAGCCUGACCAGCUCAAAUAAUAAUGAAGAAGCAAAAAAUUUGACUGGAAUACCAAUUGCAUCCCUUCCUUCCUCUGCUAAUGGAGAAGAAAGCAAGAAUGUCAGUUGCCAGGACCAUUUAUUGUUUACUCCUACGCCUGGAGAAUGCAAGUACAUCUCACAGGCAGUGCAAACUGAAUGGAGUUACUUAGAAGAUAUGGAAAUGUUAGAAAAGAAUAAACAAAAGGUUAGGGAUGCUCUGGAUCAUGUCAAAGUUACUAAUGCUAAAGAAAAACAGGAGGAACCUGUUAAAAAGAAUAUUGGAACUCAGCAAGUUCCUCAGCAUGUUAAGUCUGUUAAUGAAGUUGAAGUUGAAAAGAAAACCAAACGCAGGCUACCAUCAACAGCUUCGAUAGAAUCAAAGUCAAAGUUAAACUUUUCCAGUGAUUCUGUUGAAAGUGACACCAGCACACAGUGGUUUGAAGAAGAAAAAGAACGUUCUGCUGUGGGCCCGCCAGAGAUUUUAAAAUAUCGCAGGGAGAAACCAAUGAAAACAAUUAGAAGUUCAAAGUUACUUGGAGAGCUACCGAAGUCAGAGUGUGGCUUAUAUAGUAGCCGAUGUCACUGCUGUGGUGAAUUAAUUAACAGUGUUCCUACUCUUGCUGAUAUACAAAACGCUGAUUCAUCUGACCAGCUUUUCUGCUGCGCUGAAUAUAAACACUUCAUCACACUGCAUUUAACUUCUAAAGAUAUUGAAAGUGACACGGAAGAUGAAACUAUCAAUAUCAUUCCACGUGUUGCGUCUGGUUCCGAAGUUAAUCAGAAAGAGGUGAAAGAGAAAGUGGCAGAAAGACAAAGGGAAAGAGAACUGGAAAGGCAGAAAGCAGCUGCACAACAAGCCAACCUAUAUUCCUUUGCUCGACAGAUGAAAACAAUUCAAUUUUCCCUGACUUCUAUGAAAUGUAUGGAAGAUGGUUGGACAAUCAAACCUGUCUCACCUAUACCAGAAAAGCCUGUUAUUGAAGACGAUAAUUUUAAAAUCGAAGUCAAUACGACCCUGUUGCAGAAAUCUGAAAUUUUAAACCAAAGAUUCUACGAAAAUGGCAAAAGGUUUCUUACUAUUUUUCCAGAUGGCACAGGGUGUUGCUAUUAUCCAAAUGGUACUGUAGCAGUUAUGAUCACAUCAACAGAGAAAGGAAAGUAUACUUAUAUUGUCCAAUCAAACACGCAUUUUGACAACUUGGAAGAUGAUGGUAUACUUGCUUUAUUUGAACCAAACGGACACGCCAUUUGUUAUCAUAAAAGAAAUCACCGACUAAGGUUAUUUGUGAACGCACAUGGUGGUAUAGAGUUUGACAAGAAAGGCAACAAAAGAAAAAGGUGGCAGUGGUAUUUUGUUAAAGGUCAUGUCCACGCACCACCUUUUCAACCCUUGUGUUUUCCACUGAAUAAAUAUCUCUCAGUAAGAGUGCUCGACCAGCAAAACAUUGCUCUCAUCUUCUCGUCAUCAAAAAGAACUGUUCGAUUCAACGUUGGAGCUAACUUGACGGCACUUACGAUUAAAGGACAUGCUCGAUUUGAAGCAGACGAAUCUGAAUUGUACUUAAAUCGUAAGAGACAGCUUAUCAGCACUACACUCACACAGCUUCACAAUGCGUUGCGCUUACCUAAAUCGACACGUUUCGAUCGAAUGUGUCCUACACGAAUAUUAGGUAAAACGACCAGCAAGUCGUCUCUACCACCCAUUGACAACGCAUCCCCCAAGGAUGUAGAAUCAAAUAUUAUCGUUAAUUAACCCAAUAUUUUUUUUGUGAAAAAUUAUUUUUAAUUUCUCAUGGGAAAUAUCUCUGACCUGCCUUAAGCCGAAUCUCCACUGGACGAUAUUUGCGAUGAUUUUUGAGACGAAAAGUAAAAACCAAUUCAACUUUUCAUCAUGACAAAAAUGGCGACCAAUCAAAUUCGAGUAUUUAUGACGAUCGUCGUAAAAAUGGUCCCGUGGAGAUUCGCCCUUAUCAACACCUUUAUUUGUUUUGUUUUUUCGAUAAAAGCGAAUACGUAAGUCAGUAAUAUUCGUCUAGACGAUAAAAAACAAACCACAGUUUUUGCGGCUAAGUAAAGUUACGCAAUGAAUAAGUAAACGAAAUUUCAAAUUCAUUUUUAAUAACAUUGGCUAUUGAAGCUGUAACCAUUCAUGCAAAAAAAAUUUUUUUCUCAGUGCAUAAUAUGCAAACGUGAAAAGAAGUCGGGUAGUGUGUGUAGACUUUUAUUUCGUGUAAAUGUAGUUUUAAUGUGUAUAUACUUUUAUGUAUAGGUUUAGUUCACUGGAGUUAAAAAUGUAUUUUUACGCUAAUUUAUUUUUUAUAAGAAAUAAUAUAUUUUUACUUACGAGAAACAUUUAGAAGAGUUUGAAAUAUGGUUGUAAUAUAUAGAUAAACUUGUACCACGCUGGUCAUGAGCAUUUUUAUUUUUAUUAUCAUUCAAUUUCGAGGUUAAAGAGCUUUAAAAUGAAAAUUUGAAGUGAAGAUGAAUAGUUUAUGGCGAAUGGUUAAAAAACUUAAAAUUUAAAUCUUUGGCAGAAAACUAGAGGGACUUGAAACUAAAGAACUGGGAACUAAGUGUCUAUUUGCUUGUCUUUAUCGAUAGGUGUUUUUUUUAAUCUUUUGUUUGUUUGUUUUUUUCCUUAUUGGGGAUAGUUUAUGUAUAUGUUCUGUUGCACUGGAAUUCAUAACCAGGUCUAUUAAAAUCUCUUUUAAAUUCAUCAGAAGAAUAUUUUCUGUUCAAUUUUGACGUUUUUCAAAGAAAAUUUCUGUUCCAGCAAAUGUUGGUUCAUUCUAAGAAUUUGGUUUGUCGCUGUUCUGUAAUUUAUGCAUUUUUAAUAACAUCAAUUACUUUCUGCGUCAUCAAUCACAAUAAUCAAAAAAUAUAACUGCAAAGCCGA